AUGCACUACUCUCCUAAGAUGCUGUUCGCGCUCUUCCUCUCGUGCAUUAUGCUGGUUUUCAACAACAACAAUAAUAGAGUCUUCGUAACCGCAACAAAUACCAUUGGCUUGAACUACGGUCUCCUCGGAGACAACCUCCCGUCUCCGUCCAAAGUUAUCGACCUUUACAAGUCCAUAGGCAUUACAAAAAUCCGAAUAUUCGACCCGAACACGGACGUUCUUAAUGCUUUACGUGGCCAUCGCGACAUUGGAGUCACUGUAGGCAUUAGGGACCAAGACUUGGCUGCUCUUGCAGCUAGCGAAGAAGCUGUUAAGGGCUGGUUUGCGACCAACAUCGAACCUUACUUAGCUGAUGUCAACAUCACGUUUAUUACCGUUGGUAACGAAGUCAUCCCUGGACCGAUCGGUCCUCAAGUGCUUCCUGUCAUGCAGUCUCUUACCAACCUCGUUAAGUCGAUGAAUCUUCCAAUCUCGAUAAGCACCGUGGUUGCUAUGUCGAACCUCGGGCAAUCUUACCCACCUUCCGCGGGAAUGUUCACGUCUCAAGCGCGUGAACAACUCGUCCCGGUGUUGAAACUAUUGUCUCAAACAAACACACCUAUCCUUGUCAACAUUUACCCUUACUUCCCUUACGCGUCCGACCCAACAAGCAUUCGUCUCGACUAUGCAAUCUUCAACACUGAAUCCAUCGUGGUCCAAGAUGGACCACUAGGCUAUUCGAACAUGUUUGAUGCAAUCUUUGACGCAUUUGUAUGGGCAAUGGAAAAAGAAGGUGUGAAAGAUUUACCAAUGGUAGUGUCCGAAACCGGAUGGCCGUCCGCCGGGAACGGGGACUUUACUACGCCGGAUAUCGCAGCUACCUACAACGGAAACUUUAUAAAGCAUAUAGUAACCGGAAAAGGGACGCCUAAAAGGCCAAACAAUGGUAUUGACGGGUUUUUAUUUGCAACGUUCAAUGAAAAUCAGAAGCCCGCAGGGACUGAACAAAAUUUUGGGUUGUACAAUCCCAGUGACAUGAAGCCAAUCUACAAACUAUUUUGA